CAUGCGCAACGGAUUGUGCACGGGACCCGUAUUAUGUAAGUCUAUGGGUGGACCUUCUUGCGGAAUGGGGGACGUUUAAAUGGUCAAUAUUCAUCCGGAAUGUCUGAAGGGACAGUUAUGGCACAAUCCCUGUACUUUACCUUUGUUUUGUCGUGUUUGAUAUGUGGAUCGUGUGGUCUCGUUUCAUCUGGCAAUGGCACAACUACAGUGAGGUCUGUGGAUUAUAAUGCAACUACAACUGUUACUCCGACUGAGAGACGAGAUUCUACAACUAAACCAAGUACUACCCAGAGCAAUAAAAGCCCCAACGCACCAGCGGUAAGGUUGACAUCCACAACGACUUCAAAGGUACUGACUACUACUAGACCACCGAAAACGACCACCACCGCUAACUAUAGUUUCAACACAGAAGACCUCAAUGAGGGUAUCGACAAGAAAGUGGAAAAAAUAAUAUGGAACAAAGAACCUGAAGAUGAACCACUCGAAUUUGAGUGCCCUCCGCUGGGGCUGGAGUCUCUGAGGGUGAAGGACACACAGCUGCGGGCCUCGUCCUACAAGCGCCGGGGACUUGGACCUCACCGUGGUCGACUCAACAUCCAGUCGGGUAUCGAGGACGGGGACAUCUAUGACGGGGCGUGGUGCGCCCAGUAUGAGGAUAAGAAACAGUGGCUGGAGGUGGAUGCCCGGCGACCCACGCGUUUCACCGGGGUCAUCCUGCAGGGACGCAGCUCAAUCUGGAGUUGGGACUUCAUACUCACCUACAAGGUCCAGUUCAGUAAUGACACCCUGGUCUGGCAGCCAGCUAUGAAUGGGACUAAAGAGGCUGUAUUUGAGGGGAACCAGGAUACUGAAACUCCAGUGUUGGCCCUAUUUAACGAGUCGGCAACAGUGGCGCGCUACAUCCGUAUCAAUCCACAGAGCUGGUACGAGAACGGAACUAUCUGUCUGAGAUCUGAGGUUCUGGGCUGUACCCUACCAGAUCCUAACAACAUCUACGCUUGGCAGCAGACAGAGCAAGGCACCAAAGACAAGCUGGACUUCAGACACCACAACUACAAGGAGAUGAGGAAACUCAUGAAAUCAGUGACCGAGGCCUGCCCUGACAUCACACAUAUCUACAGCAUCGGGAAGAGUCACAUGGGUCUCAAGAUGUACGUCAUGGAGAUCUCCGACCACCCUGGAAAGCAUGAGCUGGGCGAGCCAGAGUUCCGCUAUGUGGCUGGCAUGCAUGGGAAUGAAGCCCUGGGCCGGGAGCUGCUGCUCAACCUGAUGCAGUAUAUCUGUCAGGAGUACAAACUGGGAAACCAGCGCAUCGUCCGGCUGGUCAAGGAGACACGCAUCCACUUGCUGCCAUCCAUGAACCCCGAUGGUUAUGAAAUGGCUUUCAAGAAGGGUUCCGAGUUGGCGGGGUGGGCGCUCGGUCGCUAUAGCUACCAGGGCAUCGACAUGAACCACAACUUUGCUGACCUGAACAAAGUCAUGUGGGAUGCUAUUGAAUUUGACUUCCAAAAUAACGAUAAGUCCAAACUCAUCAACCACUACAUCCCCAUACCAGAGUACUAUACCUCAGAGGACGCCUUUGUGGCCUUAGAGACGCGUGCUGUCAUUAACUGGAUGCAGAACAUCCCGUUCGUAUUAAGUGCCAACCUCCACGGGGGUGAACUGGUUGUCACCUACCCCUUCGACAGGACUGAAGACUGGGCACCUCACGAUGACACCCCUACACCGGACAAUAGUUUCUUCCGCUGGCUGGCCACGGUCUAUGCCAGCACCAACCAGGUCAUGUCAAAUCCAGACCGCCGGCCUUGUCACAAUGAAAACUUCCAACGCUACAACAACAUCAUCAACGGAGCCAACUGGCACACGGUCCAAGGAAGCAUGAAUGAUUUCAGCUAUCUACACACCAACUGCUUCGAUGUGACAGUGGAGUUGUCCUGUGAUAAGUUCCCCCAUGCCAGUGAGCUGCCCAUCGAGUGGGAGAACAACAAAGAGUCUUUACUGAUCUACAUGGAGCAGGUCCACAGAGGACUCAAGGGUGUGAUCAGAGACAAAGACACAGAGGCUGGCAUUGCAGAUGCCAUAAUCAAAGUGGAUGACAUCGACCACCAUAUUAGAUCAGUUGCUGACGGGGACUACUGGCGCCUGCUAAACCCGGGCGAGUACGAGGUCACGGUGAGUGCCGAGGGCUACAACCCAUCCACACGUAUGUGCCGUGUGAUGUACGAGCAUUACCCCACCAUAUGUGACUUCCGCCUCACCAAGACCCCCAAACAGAGGCUGAAGGAGAUCCUGGCCAAGGGGGGCAAGCUCCCCAAAGACCUGCAGCUGAGGCUACGACAGCUGCGUCUGAGAAAACUGAGGGCCAGCACCAAGGCCAUCAACAGUAGGCGUGCGGCUGCUAGCAGGAAGGCACGGGGGUCAUGAUGUCUUUGGUGAACCAAUCACAACACACUUUGUCUGGAGGGUUGUUGUAUUUAAUUGGCUCGUGAGGGAAGUUUGUGGUUUAACUCAGCUUUGAAGUCUGUACACCAUGUGGGCAGUUCUGUAAGGCUAGCCUACUGAGAUACAAAAAAAUGUCAAUGUAAAAUGCAUUGUACUUCCAGUAUGGUUUAGUGAUAUAUAUUUGAAGAAAGGGCCAGAUUGUAUUUAGAUAUUUGAAUCAAAUUAGAGCAAAUAAUUGCAAGGUGAUUUUGAAUUAAAAUACCCUUUCAAACGUGUAUAACAGGAAAAAAUAUGAUUUUCUCUUGAAGAACCUAGUUUAGUUACAACAACAAACCAAGUGGAAUGAUGCUGUUCAAAUCCGCCGUUGGGUAGAUAUACCACUAUUCAAGUCAAAUUCAUGCCACAAAGUACAGACCAAACUCAAACUGAGACUAAAAUGACUCAUGCAUCAUGUCAUAGAGACGAGAGCUCUGCUGUUACAGUCUGGAACUGAUGAGAGUUCUACAUGAGAUAUUUUAAAUCUAUUCAAAUGAAAUGAUAUGAUUUCUAAUGUUUGUCUUUCUUUGGUUCAUUUUUGUACUACCAAAAUGAAAUGCUGGCAUUUGGAUGUCCUUGCAAGCCAAGAGACAAUGUUAUGAAUGGAUCCCAAAUAAAGCUUUACUUAUAAACACCAA